UGUUCCCGAAUUUCCACAAAAAUAAAAUCGUCCAUCUUUUUCCUGCAAAAACCCUAAUUUCACCAACUCACUCAAGAAAUUGUGAAAGCGCAAAAUUUAAAUGAAAAUUACCAGUAUAUAUUUUCUUUCCAUUUCCCUAAAAUUAGUUUCUUCAUUUAAGCUCUGUACUUUCUUCUGCAGUAGCAGAAUAUAAGUUAGUCACUAGAUUUCCACUGCACGUGGUCAGAUUAUCUUUCUGUAGAUACAACUAAUUCUAGCUUUUGCAGAUUUGCUGAGUUUAUACCUUUUUUUGGUAUUUUGCUUGUCAUAUAUAUUCGCAUUUUGAAAAAGAUUGUAUUUUUAUUCUCUUGUUAUUCUGGGGUUUUGAGUUCUUGAAAAAAAUCGCUGUUUUGGAAGCUUAAGUUAUUUAAAGUUGUCUUCAGAGUUUAAGGUGUUUUGAGUUCUUGAAAAAAUAAUCUUUUUGCUGUUUUGGGAGCUUAAGUUAUUUGGAGUUGUCUUCAGGGUUUAAGGGGUUUUGAGUUCUUGAUAAAAAAAAAAUAUUUGUUCUGUUUUGGGGGCUUAAGUUAUUUGGAGUUUUCAGGGUUCAAGGGGUUUUGGUUAUUUUAUUAUUGUGUAUAUGAAUGGAGAAAGGAGGAGUUAAUAGUUCUGGCGUUACAGUUAAAGGUGAUGAAGCUCCUGAAAGCUACAUAGUGGCUCCCAGGAGUGAAAGUAAAAAUAUCGAGUUUAGUGGAUCAAUUGUAGCAACAACACCAUUAAGUGUGACAGAAGAGACGAAAAAGAAGAGGGGUAGACCUAGGAAGUAUGGACCAGAUGGUAAAGUAAAUGUUGCAUUGUCACCAAUGCCAAUAUCAGCUUCAAUUCCUCUAGCUGGAGAUUUUUCAGCUUGGAAAAACAGUGGAAGUCGCCCCGUUGAUUCCUUCAAGACGAAGAACAAGUUUGAGGUCGAAACUCCAGGGGAGAAGAUGGCAUACUCUGUUGGUGCAAAUUUUACACCGCACGUGAUCACUGUUAAUGCUGGUGAGGAUGUCAACAUGAAAAUAAUUUCAUUUGCUCAACAAGGAUCUAGAGCUAUUUGUGUGUUGGCUGCAAAUGGUGCAAUUUCAAAUGUCACACUUCGUCAGCCUAAUUCUUCUGGUGGUACUUUGACCUACGAGGGUCAUUUUGAAAUUCUCUCUCUGUCAGGAUCAUUUAUGCCUAGUGAUAAUGGAGUAACAAAAAGCAGAUCUGGUGGGAUGAGUGUCUCUCUUUCAGGCCCUGAUGGUCGGGUUAUGGGAGGAGGACUUGCAGGCAUGUUGUUAGCUGCUGGUCCCGUUCAGGUUGUGGUCGGUAGCUUUCUGCCUGGUCACCAGCUGGAGCAGAAGCCAAAGAAGCAAAGAGUCGAGCAUGCUGCUUUUGCCGCUAUUGCUGCCCCUCCCAUUUCUGAAGAACGGACUGACGGAGCUUACUCUGGACCUAGUCUCAACAUUGCUGCUUCUAUUUCCUUUCCUGGGGAUAACUUAGUCUCUGCAAAUUCUAUAUACAGCUCAAGAAUCUCAAUGUCACAAAACAACAUUUCUUUGCCCGGAGACGAAUCUAAAGAGCAGAGCCCUUCGUCCUGAUUGAACUGAAUGUUGUACUGUUGUAACCUUAUUGCUAAUUGUUAGCCUCAUGAUCCCUUUAUAUGAUGGAUACUAAAAAGUACUAAUUGACUUUGAUAGGAUGCAGUAGGGCAUAAUUUGUGUUUAGUUCAACUUAGAAGUACUUCACUCUUGUUAUAGGUGUCACAAGAUAGGAUUUUUCUACCAGUAGGAGCUGUUAUCAAUUAUCACAUUUUUCUGAUUGACUUGAUGUUGAUGUACCACUAAAUCUUUAUAUGAAACUGCAAAAUGUUUUUCUAA